AUGCGCGGCCUGUUCAUCGCCUUCCCCUUGGCCCUAGCCUCCGUUGCCAUCGCCGGCCCCAUUUCGAUCCCGACGUCUACGGCGCCGUCAACGCCUGACUUCACGGCGAUGCCGCGCAUGACCGCUGCCUCUGCCGCCGUCGCCGCUCCUCCUGCUCCCACUACCACCACCGCCGCCCCCAUCGUCACCGCCCACACGACGCUCAUAACCAUGGCGUCUGACCUCGAGCCCCGCAAGCACAAGAACAACCACCACCAGCAUGACAAGGACCACUACGGCUACGGCGGGUGCUCCGAGUACUGGGACGGGCGGUUGAUUACGAAUUGUCCGAGUGUUAUUGCUACUACACUUGACUACCAUGGUACGCAUCCGCUCAUGACUCUGGAAGGUGGCAGGCCUGAAUCCUGA